CCAAAAAAUGCGGCGGCGCGGGCAUAUCACGCUUUCAAAAGUAAUCUACGCAAGCGAUCAAAGCAACCAUGUGAUAAAAUUUGAAUUUUUUCCUUCUGUGUGCUCGAGUUUUCGUUACGGAGUCCGUCGUGUGCUGCAGCAGCCAAUCAGCUGACUGGACCGUUGUUCACUUCAAUCUGCAGCAGACCUUUGGAUCGAACGGUAGUCUGUUGGUCCUGUUCCUUCAAUACAUACCUACCUGUGGUCAAACAGCUGACGAACAAAAGACUCGUUUGAACAAUAGAGGACCUUUGUAGCAGCUUCAAGGACAACGGCAAAGUGUGAAAAUGACGGAAGAAAGCUUUAACAAAGCUCCCGGUUCGGAGUUCUCCAAACAUCGAUCAACCGUCGUUACUAUGAGUAACAUAAAGCUUUCCUCGAGUUCUACUGCACAACUUCCGGAACGUGCAAUCAAUCAAACAGGAAGUAUCAAUCCAGAUUUUCCUUACACGUUCCUACAAUAUGGCCACGUGUUGCCUACGUUGGUACAGCCGGGAUUUUCGAUGUUCCAUCCGUCACCACCGCCGGUUCCUGUACCCAUUCCGGUGUUCUAUCAACCAGUCAACGGAAGUAUUGCUCAGCAGCAAACAUUCGACAGUAACAUGUUCUAUCGAUAUGUGCCGCAAGUCCAGAGCGUUGAUGCCAUGAGUCAGAAAAUAAACUGGUCAAGGUACAACGGAAAAAUAGUUGCAGGCAAAGUGAAAAACAAAGAUCUAUCUUCCAUCGACAUUGGUAAAGUGGAUGGCACAAACUGCAUUAUCAGUGACGGCCCUCUAAGUCCACCGGUUAUUCCACUUGUAUCGGAUCCGAAUAAGGAAGUUGGAUUCGGAGGAACCGGUAUCGUGGUGGACAAAGAAAAGCUUAUUGCAUUGACUGAGAUGGCUAUGCAGGGCUGCGAGUUAGCAGAGCAGUUGGCCAAUAAUCACCAAAAGAGGCCUUGUUUUAAGAAGAUCGACAGUCUAUGCGCCCGUAUGAAGCAAGACCUGAUUCGACCGGACAGUGUUCUGGCAAACAUAAACUCGCAAGGAAUUGCCUGGGCAGUCAAGGAUUUCAUAUUUGUAUUCACCAGAAUCAUCAACGCUUGGAUAAUUAUCAAGGGGUACGUGUACAACACUCCGGAUGGGUUGGAUCGUGUCCAAAAAGUUUUGAGUCCGGAUUUCCUGAAUCAUUUUCUCAAGUGGCAAGACUCGACGAUCGAUUUUGUCGACAGCUUGAUCAAAUCUUUUACUAGCUUGGACGAAAUGGUUCAAAAUCAGCGAACAUGUGGUGUACAAAAGGAGUCAUCCCCCAAGGGUACAAGUCGUCAGUCAAAAACCGAUGAAGAAAAGGAACGGAACAUUCAAGAACUUUUUGAAUAUCUGAAGGAUAUGAUACCAAAUCUGUCUGAGAGCAAGGCCAAUUCGUCAUCAGAUAAUGCAAGUAGUAGUGAUUUAUCAGACCGCAGCAGCGUAGUUUUUGACAAUGCUAAAAGCUAUCUUUUCUCGGUUGUCAAUGAAUCGGAACAGGCCCAGAUGAAGCACAACGAGAAUGGGACCUACUUCAAGACAGGAAUUUAUGAGCCUGUGAGGAAACCUCCGGUAUUCAAGGCCAAUACGACUACUUGUCCUGUGAAAAUUCCGUUCCCUGCAGUCGAUGCAAAUAAUUCGGCACCUUUCCUAACUUCCACGCCAAAGAUUUUGAAGAAUCCCAUUUCGCAGUUCCGCCCGGAUUUACUGGGAUCACUUGCCAGCGCCAAACAUUAUGAAGGAGAAUCUGAUGCAUCUGUUGGUCAAACGAUGACAACGACUAUCAGUGCUGUUGAUGUAUCGUUGCCAACACAGCUUCAGAUGGAUUUUUUCAGCGACGCUAUCAUCCGGCAGAGUUUUGACAGUGAAACUGUGGCCAAAAUUCAUUUUCUGUUGCAAAAAGUGUUCAACGUGAAUGAAUCUAAAUACUUUUUAAUGGCACAUUUCACCAAAAAUUAUUUUCCAGAAUUCGACACCAUUAAUCCAAACUUCACCGAUUUGCGGGCGAUUAUCUCGAAAGCCCAGAUUGGUGGCUACCUAACUAUCUACGAGAUUGUGCACGAUCUACGUCAGAUUAUCCGAGCCGCUCGACGCUAUUUAGAACAAAAAUCCAGUCUCCUACUGAAGGAGACAGUAGAUGAGUUCGAGCGUAGCUUGGAGGACAUUCUGUGCGAUAAAAUUUUCGAUUGCUACAAUUUCAACCGUUUGGCCGGAUCUUCCUCCCCAACCGGCACUGUUAGCAGCCAGAGUAGCGUCAGCACCACGACCGCCUGUUCUGGCGAGUUUUAGUACACCUGUUUAUGAGUUGAAUAUUUUAAAUCGUUUUUCUGCUGAGUGAGGGAAUGAGUAGGAUUUUUUGUCAGUUAUUUUAAGAGUAAUUCAGAUUCGAUGACUGAUGAUUUAGGAACAAAAAAGUCAUCAUUGAGCAGAUAAUGCAGUAUAUUCUAGGGAUAAAAUUAGCUUAAAAAGCGUGCCAAAAUCUAAGUAACCAACCGAGUUGAAUUAUGCUAGGCUUAUCAAAAUUCACGCACUCAAAAUUGUUCUAGCUGAAAGCUAGACAACUACGCCGGUUUGGUAAGUAGAUGGCAGCAAAGUUUUAAAAACAUUUGAUAAAGUGUAAAUUUUUAUUCAUGUCGUAUAAAUUAUACUGCUGAUUUUGGUAGAAAAGUUUUGAUACGAAUGACAAUCUCUCAAAAUUAUGUGCGUCCUAAGUAUAGUGUUCAUGUCGAAAAAAAAUGUUUCUUUUUUAUAAUUGGUAGGUUAAAUUACUCUUGUAUCGUUACUAAAUCUGAUUGAUAACUUUAAAAAAUGAUGUUCUAAAAUGUAGUACAAAUCAUGAAAUGUAGAUAUAAAGAUGUCGAAACUAUUAAUAUAAAUUUACAAUAAAAAAAUAUGCUUGCCUUCGCAAGUACUGGCAAAACUUAUUUAGCACCUUCUGUUGGAACAUUUUUCCCAGCCGUGGUUUAAUUCUUGGAGCCGAUGUAAUAAACGUAGUGUU